CCCAACUCAGAUUGAACCGUGGGAAUCUCACGGAGGAGGAGGAAGCGGAGCCCACAUGCUGAAUAAAUCAGCAAUGCAUGACACGCAAACUCUGGCCGGGGUGGGGGGCGGGAGCUACGGAGAACGUGAAAUGUUCCGAAUAAUCCCCGGGGACUUUACAGCGUUUACUUGAUCUUCCAAGAACCUCAUUGCGAGCCCUAGUGUUGGCAGGUGGCUGAGGAUUCGGCGGCUUGCGUUGGAGGAUGUAGUUCGGAGAGUCGAAGCAGUUAAAGAAUAAUCGGGGAGGAGAGGUACCCUUGGAAGCAGGAGUCAGCAGAUUGCUUCUAAAUGUGACUUACACCGCGGGCGGACAGCGCCCGGCGUCCAACAGAACUGCGAGUUCCGGAGACUAGCAUCUUGCAGGAGCCCGCGUCGGUGUGUGACAGAUUAAGGACGAGCAAUCGCAUUUAGAGUUGCAGGGUGGCUGUCAAGCAUCGCUGGGAUGUACACGGCAACCGAUUUCCAAUGGCGUCUGCGGAAUGCUAUUCCCGUCUGGAAGUGAGGGACAACGACCUCGAGCUCACCAGCCACGGCUCCCGGCCCCAGCUGACGGUGAACGGCGACGCGGGCGCGCCCUGCACCCGCAAGCUUUCAGCACCGCGGUCAGCUCCAGCGCCCAGCGGCGACCCGCUGCCCCGCGACCAGGAGCAGGAGACUUCCUUCAUUUCCCGGGUGGACCAACUGAGCGCCAAUAGGUGCUCGGCCAGGCCAGGGGUCGUGCCCACCCACUGCGGCCGGGAGAGACCCCACGAGACGUCGCCUCGCUCCGAGGAGGAGCCCGAACCCGAGGCAAACGGACAGUCAGUUGACUAUGGCUUCAUGGUGGCGCUGGUUUUUCUGGUGGCCGGCAUCACCCUGGUGGUUAUCGCCUACGCCAUUCCGAGGGAGUCCAAAGUGGAUCCGGACACGGUGACAGCCCGGGAGAUGGAGAGGCUGGAGUUACAUUACGCCCUCUUGGGCUCUCACCUGGACAAGUGCAUCAUCGCUGGGCUGGGUCUGCUGACUCUGGGAGGCAUGCUCCUCUCCCUGCUGCUCAUGGUCUCCAUCUGCAAAGGCGAUCUGUACGGCAGGAGGAACUUCAUGGUGACUGGCAGAGCCAGGAAGACCUACGGGUCCAUAAACCUGAGAAUGAAGCCAUUGGACGGCGAAGGUCAUCAGUCCUUGGUGGAGUCGGAGGUGAUCCAGGUGUCCGAGAACCUCAGCCAGACCGGCUCCUGAAGAAGCACGGAGCUCAUCUACUCCCGACCAACUCUUAGUUCCUUCAAACCUCCCUAAUUAAGAGAGUAUUUAAAUGCAUGUAUUUAUUAUACUUUUUUUGUGAUGCAAUGAAACAUAACAAACUCGGGGCUUGCUCUGUGAACCUCGCGGCCAAACUACGACAUUCACCAAACGAUGAAAAUCAUCAUCAAUCCAAUGGAUCCAGUCCUUCGUCGGGCAGAGAUGGCGUUAAAUUCAUGUCAUGUCUCGUGAAAUUUAAAGAGGACGGUAGUUGGGGAGGGAGUGGGAGAGGGGUCGGUGGUUGGGUGGGAAUCACCCUUGCAGAUUGGAGUGAAUCUGUGCAGACCUCAGUGGGUCUGCUGCUAAAACGUGUAAUAUAUUACGACGCAUUGCAUCAUCUACAGGGUCCCAAACAUAUUCAUAGAAUUGUUAGCACACAAGAGGCUAUUCAGACUGUCGAGACCAAGCCAGCAAUUUUCUACGGGAUAGUUACCAGAAGGAUUUGAUCCCACACUAGUUUAAACACAUACAGAUUGAUCACAGACCCUUGGAUCACAGACAGAUUGUAGCUCACACAUUCUGAUCACAGAAAUAUAAACACAUAUGUUUCUGUAAACCUUUCAUGACUUUAGGAUGCCUCAGAGAGCUUUACAACUAACUACUUCCUGAACUAUACUCACUAUUAUAGCACUGUGGCAACUUGCCCACAAAGUGAGCUCCCACAAACAACAACAUGAUAAUAAUUACUGCUUACCAAGGGAUAAGCAUUGUCCAAGUUACAGGAAUCACUCCCUUGUUAUUCAUGAGACUGAGAAAGGGAUGAGCCUCAGCUUAGCCAAAAAUGGCAUCUCAAACAGUUUCACAUCCCUCAGUUCUCUACCAAGUGCAUCUGUCCAUCUUUUGUUCUCAGGUCUCUGGAGUUGGCCAGAAGUCCCUCAUGUACUGACCCAGGCCUGAGGUACAAUACCUUGUGCACACUAGAUCCCACACAAUCUGCACUUCACACAUUGGUUCCCACCGCAAUGACAUCCUGUACAGACUGUUUCCACAACAACUUUUUCAGCGAGCAGGAUCCAGCAUUAUCUGGAUCUAACCCAGACUGAACUACUACAUCCCUGGGACUUCAGCAAAAUUUUACUGAUGGCCCUACUGAGAAUGUGGUUGAGUGUGUUAUGUUACAGUGCCACACAAGUGCUUUAUUUAAAUGUUAAAUAAUCAACGUUCUAAUCCCAGUACCUGUAGUUGCCAGCCAAGGGGUUAAGCAGACUUUUCUAAUCUUUUAGGUCGACUGGGACAAAAGCUUGAACUCACUUUACAGUAUUUUAAGGAGAGCUUUUCAGAUAGUAAUGUUGUGAACUCAAAUGGAACAACAAAUGUGAACUCUGCUGCUAUAGAGGUCAAUUUCUUUGGGAAUUCUCCUAUCAGUAAUGUAUUACUGGCAUAGUAAUAGGGUUUUUAGGGUCCCUAUAGGAUCUAAUAAUAGGGUCUUUAGGGUCAGAGUAAUAGACCUUUUUAGGUCUCAAAAACCUUAGGAAUGUUGCAUUAGCUGCAUUAAUGCUGCAUUUCUAGGGAUUAUGCAGUCUAUCUGCUGAAGUUGCACUGAAUGGGUGGGAUUACCUCCAUAGAAAUUUACCCCCACUCAGUCAUUCUGAUCAGGUUGAGUUCCCAGCCUCGCUGCUAUUAGAGUAGAAGUAAUUCAAAAAUGUACCAGAUAAGUGUUUUUCUGUCAAUUCCAGCAUUUUAUUGCUUAUGGCUACUUGCCCUUGAGGAAGCUAGUGGUGAAAUGCCUCCUUAGGCUGCUGUAGCUUUGCAGGAGGAAAGUUCUCCCACAGUGCUACAAGGUCAGAAGUUGCAGGACUUUGAGAAAGCAGCAGCAAAGGAAAUGAUGGGCACUUAGUGCAUCCUUGCAGACUUUCCUGGAAGAUUCUUACAGUCCACCCAUUCUCAGUUGCUGAAACAAGUCUGAACCUUUUGUCUUUGCGAUUGGACACAGAAUCCAUUUCAUGUAUCGAGAAAGUAGCUUGUGUGAAUUUCACUAGAUUAGAACUGACCACCGUAUUUCCAUACCUAAAGAAUGGUGCUUAAUUUACCUUUACUGUACUUUUUGCAGGACCAUACAUCAGGCAUCUCAUAGCUUAGAACUCUUUUGUCUCUUCCCUGUAGGGUGCCUGGCCUUAAAAGUCAUACUGCAAAUGGAUCAAUUGUUCUUGGGUAGGAAAGGGAGGGGAAAAAAAUCAUCCAAUUACCAUCUCAGGAAAUCGUACCUGAAAGGGCAGUUCUAGUGCCAACAUUCAUUCCCUCACACAUAAGAAGUAACCCCUAUACCCAGCAGUUAGCAUUCUAGAGAGGAGAAAGAAAAAAAUGGGAAAUUCAAACAAGUAUGGAUAAGAUUGGCAGCCUUUGCAACAUGUACCCAACAGUGUCUUGAUCCUAUUGAAUAAAAUAUACAGCACCUCUCAAGGUCAAAACAUUUCAAAAGGAAUACUGUACAUAUUUAAUAUGUUCAGAAAUCCUUGGGUCAGGAUAUAUAUAUAUUGCAUAAUAUAUAUAUAUUGUCUCUAAAUUAUGCAAUUAGCCUGAGGCCCUCUUGUUGUUAUAACAGCUUCACUGUAUUCUGGACGGUACCAAAACAUAUUGCUGUACAUACAGUCCAUUACAUAUAUAUUAUAUAAAACUGACUGUUAGCAGGUAGGAGACAGUUUUUUUUAAACUUUUUUAAUGGUGCAAUAUUUCAGAUGUGUAAAUUAAUUUCUCAAGCACACUUUGCUGGUGGGGAAUGUAGCGUUCUCAGAAGAGGCAGUAAGCUUUUGAUAAAACACUACAGCACCUGAAUUGCAGGUUUUAUUAUGAUGCUUGAAAAAUUGAUGAGAUGUUUCAAAAUUUAUUCAUAUGUUUGGUGGCAAUUCUCAGCGUAAUCACUUUUUAAUCAUUUUUUAAUCAUAAUGUAAUCAGUUUUCUGCUAUGCCU